AUGAGGAUCGCAUUUUAUCAUUCAGUACUGUUUGCUUUGAUUCUAUUUCAAACAAUCUCUUCUGUUCAACCACAAUUGCUAAACAAUGUAUCUCAUGUGUUGGAGGGCAUUACAGAGCCAAAACCUGCUCCUCCUUCAUCGUCUUCGCCAUCUUCAUCAAAAGAUACAUCUGCUGCUGCACCGCCUCCACCGCCAACUUCCUCAUCCUCAUCUCCACCACCGCCUCCUGCUCAAACAUCCAGCGCACCGCCUACCACCUCGCAUCAAGAGACAUCUCCACCUCCAGCUACUCAAAGCACAUCCAAAGAGACGCCAGUAGCGCCCACAACAUCGCAAAAGCCCUCUGUUGAUUCGACCGAGAAAAAUAGCACAUCACCGCCUACUACAAGCAAUCCUCCUCCAGCAACGCCCAACACACCUGCAACCACAUCAAACAAGCCAACCACAAACGACAAUAACAACAUGCCUGCACCACCUACUCAAUCCACAUCGACUACAUCCACCUCCUCAGGGGGAACAAAAUCAAAAUCUGGAAAGACGACAUCGACGACAGACGAUGCAUCCAACAGUGUCGAUCCUUCUUCUGGUGUACCUUCUUCAACGGACGGAAUCAAUCAAUCUGUGGCAUCCAAUGCUUCCAAGAGCAACGAUUCUGGUGCCAAGACAGGCACAAUUGUAGGUGCAGUCGUUGGUAGUAUUUUCGGAGUCGCGUUGAUUGGAGGUGCAUUGACUUGGAUCAAUCGACAUGGUGGAUGUGCAAGACGCAGUAACAAGCGUUCUGAAGAUUUUGAGGAUUAUGGAUUAGCAGACACUGAUUUCCCUCACAACCAUCAGCCUCAUAUGAGAUCACCUGGCAUGCAGACCGUAAGCUUGGCUGCCAAUGGAGCUGCCAUUGGAGGUGGAUCUGCAGCAAUGACGCCUGCAUUAGGUGCUGCUACGACUGCAGCAACAUCGCCAACUAUUCCACGUUUGAAUGAUCAGGGCACGUUUCAUGGCGCUAGUUCAGUAGAUGAUCCCUACAACAGCUCUCAACAGCAGUUUAUGCCUGUCUAUCAGUCUCAAUUGGAAAAUGGCGCUUCCAAUCAUCAACAACAAAUCAUCGAUUACAAUAACGUUCCCAUGGAUUACAGUCAGCAACAACAGCAACAACAGCAACAACAACAGCCAUACUACUAUCAACAGCUUCAGGAUUCAAAUUUGGGAGUCAGUGGUGGUUAUUACGAUGAACCUGGUUAUUAUUAUGAUGGUAGUACGCAGCAACAGCAAGCUAUGCCUGCAUCAGGCACUACCGCUAAUCACAGCCACAACCCAAGCUAUGAUAUGACGGCUCAAUACAACCAACAGUAUCCAAACACCAAUGCUAACAUUCAUAUAGGGGAUCAGUAUUAUAAGCCUGAUCAGGUUGACAUAAACUCUCAUCAUCAACGUAUGUAA